AUGACAAUUAGAGAGGCAAUGGUAACGGUUAAGGUGGCGGCGGGUGGUGUGUGGCACGAGGUGCGGGCGCGGAGGGCGGGCGGGCGCGGCGCGAGGCUGCAGCGCCGCAGACAGUGCGGCGGUGAGCGCGGCGCGGGGCGAGGGGCGCGGCGCGGCGGCGCGAUGCUGCGCGCCUCUCAGUCGAGACGCGAGGCCCGCCCGCCC